GAAAUUUACCAACAGAUUGUAGACGUAAAUAUUUCGUUCUUCGUGUUUUUUCUCGUUACAUAAAAUAAAAUGGGCAAAAGUUCGAAAGGAAAAGUCCCGGAAGAGGGCAAACCGAUACCCGUCUUCAAAUAUUUGGCAAUCACGUUAAUUGUUGUCAUUGUUUUCUUCACAUUUCCCAUGCUUUGUGGCGCUUGCGAUGGACACGAUCAUCAUCAUCAUCAUCACGAGCACGAACACGAUCAUCAUCAUCAUCAUCAUGACCCGAAUCCGAGCUUCAAGUACUCGCGAGAAGCUAAUGAAGCUCAUUCACAUCAACAUCAUGGGCAUUCGCACGGACAUGGGCACUCGCAUGAAGCACAUCACACGCAUCAUCACGAAGAGAAAUCGAGUGGGAAGAGAGUUGAACAAGAUGUUUUAUGGCUUUGGAUUCAUUCUCUCGGCUCAACUUUAUUGAUCAGUGCAGCGCCUUUCUUGCUUCUUUAUGUCAUUCCGUUGGACAAUACUGAGCAAAUGCGUCCCCGUUUGAAAGUUCUUCUCGCUUUUGCUUCCGGCGGAUUGCUCGGAGACGCUUUUCUCCAUCUAAUUCCUCAUGCGCAAGAAGGACAUGGGCAUGACGAGCACUCCCAUUCGCAUUCUCACUCGCACGGAGGUCAUAGUCACGGCGAAGAAGGACAUUCGCAUGACAUGCGAGUCGGUUUGUGGGUCCUUGGAGGCAUCAUCACAUUCCUUGCUGUCGAAAAAGGCGUUCGGAUGAUCAAAGGAGGGCACGGACACAGUCACGGAGCUGCUUCUGAGACACAUUCGCACGACGAAAAGGACGAAAAGAAGGAAAAAUCCGAAGGAAAAGGCAAAAAAGUCACAAAAGCCGACAAAAAGAAGGAAGAAACUCCCGCAACGGGCAUCGAAAUUGCCGGUUAUCUCAAUCUCGCAGCAGAUUUCACGCACAAUUUCACCGAUGGUCUCGCAAUUGGAGCUUCCUAUCUUGCCGGCAACAGUAUCGGAGUCAUCACAACAAUCACAAUCCUUUUGCACGAAGUGCCCCAUGAAAUCGGCGACAUGGCAAUUCUCAUUAAAUCGGGAUGCAGUAAACGGAAAGCGAUGAUGUUGCAACUCACGACGGCGCUCGGAGCUCUUGCGGGAACAGUUAUUGCGUUGCUCGGAAGUGGCGGAGGCGAUGCGGCAGCUUCGUGGGUUUUGCCCUUUACAGCGGGAGGCUUUAUUUACAUCGCUACCGUGAGUGUGAUUCCCGAAUUGUUGGAGGAAUCGACGAAACUUGGACAAUCGUUGAAAGAAAUCACGGCGCUCUUGGCGGGCGUUGGCAUGAUGGUGAUCAUUUCGUGGUUGGAAUAAGCGAAAUUGAAGAGAUUCUCAUUUAAAAUGUGAAAAAAAAUUGUACUUCUUCCCAUUUUGUUCCGUAUAUUGUUAAGAAAUUUAUGAAAAAAAUAUCACAAUUUGUAUAUUUUUGUGCAAGAAAAAAAAGUUAAUUAGCAUUAAAAAUUUUGUUAAUUUUUUUUUCUUUAAUUGAAGGCUUAAAAUUUAUUUUAGAAUGAAUAUUUAUUCAAUUUUAGCUUUGAAAUCCAACAAAAGUUGAUUA